GGAAAAACAGAGGAGGGGAUUGACCGAGUUCACCGAACUUGCUGACCGAACGGUGGUCAUUUUUUAUUGCUGUUGCCAGAAGCUAUCGCAACUACCGACGCCGUCGCAGGGAACGCGUUAAAUCCACCGGCGACCAAUUGCAAGGCUGGAUAUUAUCUUUCGGAACCCCCCACUUUUUUGAAGCUUCCGCAGCAGCCCAGGUACCGAUUGAGUUGCCAGUUAGCAAGCAGCUGAUCGGUUUCCACCCCCCGCUGCUGCCCCGGUGUCGCUGUCGUCGUCGAAACAAAACAAUUCAACCAACUUCUUUUUUUGCGAUCUCCAAUUUCGGGUUCCCUCCUCCUUUCCCACCGAAGUCACCCCGAGGACCUAAGAAAAUAUUGACGAUUCAAUGGGGCAGAUGCACGGUGUAAGGAAGAGGUUAGAAUAGAGAGCAAAAGCUGCCAGAGACGGGACGGGCAGGCCGAACAGGGAAACCUUUCAAACCUUUUUUUUUUCUGAGAGAGAGAGAGAGAGCGAAAGUCAAUUGUCCCCACCAUUAUACCGUACGAUACCAUACCGAUUAAACGAACGAACGAACGUGCUUCUUCCUGUCGCAGCUCGCGCGCGCGCGAUACCUGUCUGUCUACUAGCAACCAGACUCUCCAACUGACUCAGGUUGUUUCCUCUCUGCUUGUCUCCCCCGCCUUUCUCAUCGGAACUUUGUGUCGCAUAGUACCGAGCGCGCUCAGUUAGUUGUCUCGGGCUUUUCCCGCGCCCUGACCAGAGACACCACCCGAGCGUCCGUCGGCCUUGCCGCCCCGUCCGACCAACCGAACUGGCUCGGCGCGCAAAAAACCACCACACCACCCACCAUGCCGGCACCGGCCACCUCGUCUCAUGCACCCCCCUCCCCCGACCUCCAACACCCCUCCAAACGAAUGCGCCAGUCUAGUCCCGGCCCCGACAAAGACUCACCUGCCUCGUUAUCCCUCUCCGCGGGCGCGAACUCGCCUCUGGCAACACCGACGCACGAGCACCCCCUUUCUGCUGCUGGUGGGCUGGACGGCUCGGCCAAAGUGGGACAGUCGUCCAGUUUCAGGAAUGUCUCUGCGUGUAAUCGGUGUCGGCUGAGGAAGAAUAGGUGUGAUCAGAAGCUGCCGAGCUGUGCGAGUUGCGAGAAGGCGGGUGUGGCUUGUGUGGGGUAUGAUCCGAUCACGAAGAGGGAGAUACCGAGGAGUUAUAUCUUUUAUUUGGAGAAGAGGGUGGAGCAGUUGGAGGGGAUAUUGAGGGAAAAGGGGGUUGGGUUUCCGAGGGCCGAGGAGCUGGAGUGGUGUAGCAAGGUUGGGGGGGUCAAUGGGGGAGUGAGAGGGGAGGUUGAACAGAUGGAAGAUGGGGGGCAGAUGUCAGCAAAAGAGGGAGGGGGUAAUGGGGAGGAUGAGGGCGGGGUUGUGGCGAGGAGGGAGACGGUGAGGAGAGGAGCAGAUAAAGGGCAGGGGAGGCAUCUGGGCUCUACCACGGGGAUAUCGUUUGCGAGGGUUGUUUUUGCGGCGGUGCAGAGCUCCGUGUCGGAUCAGAGGUCGAACUCGGAUAAGGGAGGGAUAAGACCGUAUAGACCGCCGGCAGGGGGGGUGAAUAAUGGGACGACGACGAGUAUGAGGGAUUCGUUUUUUGGUUUGCACACCAAGCCUACGAUACAUCCUGCGACGUUUCCGAGUAAGGAGUUGGGGUUGAAGCUGAUAAACCUGUAUUUUGAGCAUGCGAACCCUCAGAUGCCGGUGGUGCAUAGGGUGGAUUUUAUGCAGAUGUUUGAGCAGGCUUAUGCAGAGGGGGCGGAGAGAGUGAGGGGGCCGAGGGAGCUGUAUUGUUUGAAUAUGGUGUUCGCGAUCGGGGCGGGAAUUAUACUGGCGGAGAGCAAGGGGGAUCAGGGGACGAAGCAGUGCCAGCCGGAGGAGUACCAUGCGAGUGCGAUUGUGCAUUUGGAGGCGUGUUUGGGAAGUGGGGGUGGUUUGGAAGAACUACAGGCUGUGUUGCUGCUGGCGAACUUUGCGUUGCUGAGGCCAGUGCCGCCGGGGUUGUGGUAUAUUAUUGGCGUGGCGGUGAGGUUGGCGGUGGAUUUGGGGCUGCAUUAUGAAGAUGGGAAGGAUGUGGAUGCUGGACUUGGUGGUGAACAGCAAAGGGAGAAUGCGGCGAGUGAGAGGGGGAGGAGGGAGUAUACGAGGGAUAUGAGGAGAAGAUUGUGGUGGUGUACGUAUUCGUUUGAUCGGCUGGUCAGUGUUUGUGUGGGGAGGCCGUUUGGGAUUUCGGAUCAGGUUAUCACGACCGAGUUCCCUUCCUUGCUGGACGACAAGUACAUCACGCCAAACGGGUUUCUGGAAGCGCCACCGAAUGCACCGACCUAUAAGCUGGUUGCUCAUCAUUAUUUCAGGCUGAGGUUGCUACAGUCUGAGAUCUCGCAGGUACUGCAGUAUCAGCAGGCGAGGGUUGCGAGGGAUUUUGGGCAGAAUCAGAAGAACCCCCAUAUGCACACUUCGCUACCGUCGCCGUUCCUGUCGAGGUUUGACUCGUUCAGGUCCUGGAGGAUCAAUAUCGAUAAGAGAUUGUAUGAGUGGAAGAUGACAGCACCAAAGAAGCAAGAUACAGGUGUGGCCUUCUUGACGGACUUUUUGGACCUCAACUACUGGCAGGCUAUUAUCAUGUUGUAUCGGCAGAGUUUGAGUGUGCCCGAGAUGUUCGAGGGCGAGUAUCACACUGCCAAGGAAGUGGAAAGCCCAUCUGUCCACAGCGUGGAGCUUCGCGAGGAUGAAGAUCGUGUGUAUCUCAAGGUGGCGGAGGCGGGCCAGAAGAUUCUGAGGCUAUACAGGCAGCUUCAUCUGGCUGGGCUGGUCAACCAUACAUAUCUGACGACGCACCAUCUGUUUGUUGCUGGAAUUUCGUAUCUUUACGCGAUUUGGCACUCGCCCAUUGUUAGAAGUCGACUGUCCAUGGACGAAGUAGACUUCACCAUCCUCGCCGCCACAUCAGUCUUCACCGACCUGAUGGACAAGUGCCCCCCAGCCGAAGCUUGCCGCGACGCCUUUGACCGCACGGUGAAAGCAACGCUCAAGAUGGUAAACGCCCGAGGUGGCUUCGGCCAGAAACACCCCCCACCAGCUCCACCAGCAGGAGCUUCUUCGACCACCUCUAGAAACAAUGAUCAUCAUAGAAUGGACUGGUCAUCCAGAUCAGACACUGCUUCUCUGUCGAGCAGUUCUCACCAUCAUCAACACCACUACAGACAACCUCGCCCUGCACCGCCACAUCGUACCUCGAGUUCGAUCGACCAAAUAUCCGAUAUUAAGUCGGAGGCGUAUUCCACCACCCCUUCACAAUUCUCCGCCUUCCAAAAUCAAUACCGACCCCAACUGAAGACAGAAGGAGACGGCUUCUCCCUCAUGCGCAACCUACCUGGUCCACCAAGGUCAAACGCCAGUUCUGUGAAUGAUGGGCCGUUGACUCCAGAAGCAGGUAUGCCCUCUCCUGCUGGGGGACUGGCUUCGCCGGGAGGGGUAGGGGGGUUAGGGUCGCCGGUUAUCAGUAUGGGACCUCCUCAGCAGCAGCAACAAGGAGGGGGGAUGUUUAGUCCGGGACUGUUGUCGUAUAAUGACUUGCGGGGGGUGGAGUUUUUGCAAGGUGGGCUUGGGGGUGUUGGUGGUGGUGCUGGUGGGCAGGAGGGGAUGAUGGAUACGAAUAUGGAUUUGGGGUUUGGGAUGGGGUGGGAUGGGGGGUUGGGGCAGCAUGAUUUCAGUGAUGGGGCGGGGGGGCUGGAUCUGUUUGAUGGGUUUUUCUUUGGGGGGCAGCAAGGAUCUGGGGGGGUGGGAGGGGGUGUUGGGGGUGGGUUGUGA